CCUCACCUACACCUAGCAAUCUAACUUGCUCGUGAUAUUACAUUUUCUUCAUCGAUCUAGACUAGAAGAAGCAUGAAGGCGUACGUGAAUGUGAUGAUGACCGUCGUCUUGCUCAUCGGAUGCCUGGCGGUGACCGGCGAGUUGGGUCGCGCGGAGGCCGGGAGAAUCUCUCCAGAUGCGCGGCGAGCCGACGGCGAGGCGAGCAAGCUUUCGCUGAAGUUCUGCGUCCAUCGGGACUGCCACACCAAGGCUGAACCUAUCAUGACCGCCUGUUUCUGCUGCGUGGGCUUGCCGGACAUACCAUGCUAUUCUGAGCGGGAUGAGUGCAAGGAGGAGUGCCCCAACACCAACAAGACACCCGCACGGCCAGCCUCCGCCGUCGGCGACGUACGGAAGUACCAACGUCUAUGAACAGAUGGACGGCAAAUGAUGCAGCGAGGUGUAAGCAAGAGCUGAUGGUCGUAAUCUCAUCGUGGUUGAGAAGUUAGCCGGCCUUAUCUCAUCCCGAGACUAAUUUGUUGUCCUUCUGCCCGUUUGGA